CAUCGCGCGCGGUCACGGGCGCGGCCCCGCGGCGGCGCGCGCCACCCGCCGCCCCGCCCCCACCCCCGCGCACCCGCCCCAGGGGAGGGAACCGGCAGGAAGCCUGGAUUUUGGAUUACACAGUUUGGAAGGAAAAGGAUCACAUCUCGGAUCACAGCUUUGAUUCUGCGCUGGAUAUGUGACAAAACUUUCCAGUUCACCUCAAGACACCACCAAUAUGCCCAUUGUAAAGUACCCCAGGGCUAGAGAUCCCCUCUAUUAUGAAUGGGACAGGAAAGCCCAGAAAUGUGGGUUAAGACACACAGUUUAUGCUGUAAAUGGGGAUCAGUACACUGGAGAAUGGCUGGACAACUUGAAACAUGGUAAAGGCACCCAGAUAUGGAAAAGAACCGGAGCUAUUUACAGCGGUGACUGGAAGUUUGGGAAGCAGGAUGGUUAUGGCUCAUACAGCGUUCCUGACCCUGUAACCAAGGAAUACAAGAGGGUGUACACAGGCUGGUGGAAAAAUGGCCAGAGAACUGGCCAGGGGGUGUUCUUUUACCCCAACGGGGAGCGCUACGAGGGCGAGUGGAGCGAUGGAGUGCGGGGCGGCUGGGGCCGGAUGUACUACCUGGAUGGAUCCAGCUACGAGGGACAGUGGGAGGCGGAUCAGCCCAACGGGCAGGGGAUGCUGCGGCUCCCAAAUGGAAAUCGGUACGAAGGAGGUUGGAAAGAUGGAAAGAAGAAUGGCCCAGGGAGAUACUUCUACGUGGAUAAGGGACAGUUGUUAGAGGGCACCUGGGCAGAAGAUAUAGCAAAGUGUGGAGUUCUGGUUGACUUCGAUAGAGACAAAGCUCCAGCCCCUACUCAGUACCCAAUCCCAAAGAUUGAACUAGAAGAUCCAGCUGGUGUUUUAGCAGAGGCCCAGGCACUGCUUGAUGACAGCAAUAAUUAAUAACUGGAAGUUGAAGAAAAAGAAAAGAUGUAAGAUAAGAACA